CCCAUCAGAUGCACCGUCCCACCUCUCACUUUUAUUAUGACUCCUGUACACACACACCUACGCGCGAACUAGGUUGGGAGCACCGGAUUUAAAAAUAAAUCUAAACCGUGCCACCAAAAAUACUCGUCAGUCGUGUUAGACGGGCGCGUCAAUCAGCAUAAACAACAACAAUGACAGCUUCUUGUAGUUGUCUGAAGUUGUGUUCGAUGGCCGUGGCCCUCGCCAACCUAUGCCUCGGCUUGUACAUCCUCAUCGAAGGCAUCUUCGUCCUCGUAGAGUACCUCACCACCAAGGUAGUAACCAUCGGCCUAAUCCUGGUCUACUUCCAAAUCGCCACCUUCCUUCUAUUCGUCAGCCUGCUGUUAUUAAUAGGUAUAAUCCAGGACAAAGAAAAGUAUAUAUCUUUGUACCUCCUCCUCAGCUCGCUCAUCUGGUUCAUCGUGACGAUGCUGGUGGUUAGUUACAUGCUCUUUUACAACACCACGGCCAUGACGCACAACAUCGUCGCCAACGAGACGACCACGACGCCGGCGCCCGUGUCGGGAACCCCGGCGCCGAAAGAAACGGUCCCUGCAGAGAAAGCUGUGGGAUUCUCGAUAGGGUUAGUGCUCAUCUGGUGCGGUCAGUUAGGGGUGUACAAGUUCCACGACCAAGUGAUCGAAAAAAAUAUCAUCAACGCGGGACAGAGCUACGUGAGUUCGGCCAUGAACAGCUAAAAUGGCAAAAUCGUCGAAAGUGAGGUUAUAAACUAAUCAAACAAAGCACGCACAAAAUGUUCGCCUUUAAUUGUAUAGCAUAGUGACGAUAUAAAUUUUUUCCACACAAAAAUAGCGAUUUCGUCGGUUUUUAGAUAAGGGGGUUAUCGAAAGGUUGCGCUCUUUAAUUUAAAAUCUUUUCUGAACACCAUUUGUGUGGUCAUCGCCGUCAAGUCUGCAGCAAUGGCAAAGUGUGUCAACAAAAGAUGCGUUCUCUUAAAUCUGGUGUACAAUUUGGCGCUUAACAAUAUCCUGUGUGGAGUCGGUACUUUGUUCCAAGGCGAAGUUGAAGAGUUAUCGGGGGCUUUGAUUAUGAUAGGUCUAGGAGUUCUGCUGGUGGUGGGCGUGCGCAAGGAGGGUCGGGUGCUUCUUUUGACUUUCUUGAUUCUGGAGCCGUUUUUGUUGACUUACCAGACGAUCAAGUUGAGCGUGGAAGUUGUGCGUUACGUACAGGAUACUAUUCAGUAUUUUCCUGUUUUGAAUAUGUUGGCGAUUGUCGGAAAUGUCGUCUGUUGGGUCUCGAUCAUCCCGGUUAUCAUUAUUUACAAAGAUGUGAGUGUCAUCAGGAAAGAAGACGUUGGAAAUGGUGACGAAAGCAAAGAGAUUGGCGGGAACGAAUUAAAAACGGUAGUGGUUUAAAUUAUUUGGCACGAAUUUGUAUACAGGGUGUCUAUGAUUAGUGAGAUGCUUUUUGACGUUUUUACAAAAAAAAAGAAAGAAGUUUGCUUGAAGAUUAUUCAUUUUGAUAUCUUUGUAAAUAAAUUGAAAUUCUAUACUCAAAAA